AUGAAAACCCGAUCACAGUCCACCAAAAACUCUCUGUCUCAACUUCCAGUCGAGAUCAAAAGCCUCAUCGUUGAACAAACUGCACUUGUGACAGAGAAAUCAUACCCCGGGAGUCAGAAAUUCUUGAAGCUUGCCCUGGUAGAUCGAAGCUUUCAUAAGCUUUGUAGUCCGACCAAUUGGAAGGAGCUCAACCUGCGAUGCUAUGGCAAAUAUAGGCUUAGGGUUCUGAUCAAUGAAAUUCUACAUGAGCAAGCAAAACAUGUGCAAUCAAUUGGUAUGGGACUCCAUCCCGACGGGGUUCCAAACCAGAAAGAUGACGCGAGUGAUUCAGAAACGAUCGAUAGCUCAAGCGACUCAACAUCGAUUGACAGUGAUGAUGAAUUCCCUGAAGAAGAAUUAUGUUACAUCUUGGAAAUUUGCACGAACUUGAGCAAGAUGGAGAUACGCUAUGAACCGACUUCACUCGACGAGUUUGGCAACUUUAUCAUCGACCCUUUGCGCCCAAUAACGAUGAUGACGCCCUUCAUAUCUCAGCUUUCCAAUUUAACUCACAUCAAACUGGACAAUUACAGCGACAAUGGAACUUACUCCAGCGAAGAGUCCUUGGUCAAAUUACUUGGAAAAAUGGUCCAUCUGGUUUACAUUCGCGUGGAUUUCAUCAAGGCCUCCUUUCCAACUUGCGAUCUCUGCGAGUGUCCACAAUCCGUCCAACCCUCGGUGUCGCCACUUGGUGUUCACUUGGCUUCACUGCCAUCUCUUAAAGUUAUCGUAUUCUCUCGUGCCGAUUGCUUUAAUUCAGACUGGAGCAAACUCGAUUGGAAAGGGGAACUUGAAGAAUUAACACUGCACUGUUGCUACGACGUUUCUUUACGCGCCCUGCAUGGCUUCUGCAGCCUCUUGAAGAACAGUCUGGUUAAGCUUUCCCUCUACUUCGUUCCCGUCAGCUUCUCAGACGACAAUCUCACCCACAUCCUACCCGAAUCGGAGCGGACCUUGCUAUUUCGUCUGCCAAAGCUUCAGAAUCUAUCGAUUUUCAACCUUUAUUCAGCCGAAUUUCUCAAAUUAUUCCGGGAGUCUGUUAACAUCAACCGGAUCAAUUUGAAAAGCACUCCGGAGAUCUGCUUAGAAGAUCUUAAACAGCUCAUGAAUCAUGAGGAUCCGGUGUGGAGUCGAUUGAAGAC